AUGGAACGUCACAUGGAAUCAGUCACGGUCGCUUGCUCCAAUGCCAAUUAUGGAUGCGCCCAGAAGCUCACUUACUACCAGAAAGAAGAGCAUGAGAAGGCAUGCCCGAGCGCCCCAUGUUUAUGCCCGGCGUCCAGCUGCAGCUUUGCUGGGGCAAUAGACGCCCUCCUUGAACAUUCCGCCUCCCAGCACAAGUGGCCGUGUACAACCAUCAAAUACUCCGAAGAUGUUGAGCUCUGCCUAGAACCAGGUCUACAUUUUCUUCGUACCAAAGACAGGGAAAUUUUCCUGCUCAACGUGGCAUUAGAGCCAUUCGGGCAUGCCAUCUCUGUCGUCUGCAUCCAACCUAAAGCUAUAAACUCCAAGUUCAAGUGUAGGAUGUCCUAUUGUUCCUUUUUGACCGACUAUUAUCAGAGAUCAGUUUACAAGAUACGAAGCUCAUCAUUGUCUGAUGGGCUACCGAAGGGGUACAACAUAAUUCUGCCCAAGGAUGAGAUAGUUGAUGAUGGAAAGGGCACCUUGCUUACGUUCUCCAUUGAUGAUCCUAAUCCUAAAUUAAAGGUGCGUGAACCCAUAUGUCUGAAACCAGUACGCGGUGUAUGA